GGGAACCCGUCAGGAAGGACAUAAACAAAACAAACCCGAAGCAGCAUGGAGAGGGGCCGCGGCCCCCGCACCAGGACGGGCCCCAGCCCCUAAGCUCUCCCCCAGACACAGCACCAGCAGUUUCAUGCAGAACUACUUAACGAAAGCAGAGGUCCAAGCGAUUGAACUGAAGGUAUUCCGGUGAAAACCCGCCACUUAUUCUAUAAAUUAUUUUUUAUCGUGAAUUUAAAGCUGGAAAGGAAUCUACAAGCAAGAAAAAAAAGUUUGGAAUUAGACUCUCAGGAUCUGGGCUUGGAAAUGCCUCAGCCUAGUGUAAGCGGAAUGGACCCGCCUUUUGGGGAUGCCUUUCGAAGCCACACGUUUUCAGAACAGACUCUGAUGAGCACAGAUCUUUUAGCAAACAGUUCAGAUCCAGACUUCAUGUAUGAACUGGAUAGAGAAAUGAACUACCAACAGAACCCCAGAGACAACUUUCUUUCUUUGGAGGAGUGCAAAGAUGUUGAAAAUCUGGAGACUUUCACAGAUGUCCUGGAUAAUGAGGCUGCUUUAACCUCAAACUGGGAACAGUGGGAUACAUACUGUGAAGACUUAACAAAGUAUACUAAACUGACUAGCUGUGACAUCUGGGGAACAAAAGAAGUGGAUUACCUGGGUCUUGAUGACUUUUCUAGUCCCUACCAAGAUGAAGAGGUCAUAAGUAAAACUCCAACUUUGGCCCAGCUUAAUAGUGAGGAUUCUCAGCCAGUAUCUGAUUCCCUUUAUUAUCCUGACUUGCUUUUUAGUGUCAAACAGAACCCCUUGACCUCUUCAUUACCUGGGAAAAAGAUAGCAAGCCGAGCGGCUGCCCCAGUAUGCUCAUCUAAGACUAUUCAGGCUGAGGUUCCUCUGUCAGACUGUGUCCAAAAGGCAAGCAAACCCACGUCAAGCACACAAAUCAUGGUGAAGACCAACUUGUAUCAUAAUGAAAAGGUAAAUUUUCAUGUUGAAUGUAAAGACUAUGUUAAAAAGGCAAAGGUAAAGAUCAAUCCAGUUCAGCAGACUCGGCCCUUGUCAAGCCAGAUUCAUGCUGAUGCAGCAAAGGAAAAUACCUGUUAUUGUGGAGCUGUAGCAAAGAGACAAGAGAAAAAAGGAGUGGAUACGCUUCAGAGUCACGUUGCGCCUACUCUGCCUUUUAAAGAGACCCAAGAACUGCUUCUGAGCCCUCCCUCCCAGGAGGCUGCAGGGCUGAUUGUGUCAGGAGAGAGCAGCAGCCUCUCUGCCGGCACAUCGGUCUCAGAUCCGUCCCAGAAAAAAGAAGAGCACAAUUAUUCUCUUUUUGUUUCCGACAACCUGGGUGAGCAACAAGCCCAAUGCAACCCUGAUGAGGAUGAAGAGGAUGAAGAGGACGUUGAUGAUGAGGACCAUGAUGAAGGGUUUGGCAGUGAACACGAGCUAUCUGAAAAUGAAGAGGAGGAAGAGGAGGAAGAAGAUUAUGAGGAUGACAAGGAUGAUGAUAUUAGUGACACUUUCUCUGAACCAGGUUAUGAAAAUGACUCAGUUGAAGACUUAAAGGAGAUGACCUCAGUAUCUUCAAGGAAGAGAGGCAAGAGAAGGUACUUCUGGGAGUAUAGUGAACAACUAACACCAUCACAACAAGAGAGGAUGCUAAGGCCAUCCGAAUGGAACAGAGACACUUUGCCAAGUAAUAUGUAUCAAAAAAAUGGCUUGCAUCAUGGAAAAUAUGCAGUAAAGAAGUCACGGAGAACCGAUGUUGAAGACCUGACUCCAAAUCCCAAAAAACUGCUUCAGAUUGGCAAUGAACUAAGGAAACUGAAUAAGGUGAUUAGUGAUCUGACACCAGUCAGUGAACUUCCCUUAACUGCCAGACCCAGGUCAAGGAAAGAAAAGAACAAGCUAGCUUCCAGGGCUUGCAGACUAAAGAAAAAAGCUCAAUAUGAAGCUAAUAAAGUGAAAUUAUGGGGUCUUAAUACAGAAUAUGAUAACUUGCUAUUUGUAAUCAACUCUAUCAAGCAAGAGAUUGUAAACCGAGUACAGAAUCCAAGAGAGGAUAGAGGGCCCACCAUGGGACAAAAGCUUGACAUACUUAUUAAAGAUACUCUUGGUCUACCAGUUGCUGGACAAACCUCAGAAUUUGUGAACCAAGUAUUAGAGAAGACUGCAGAAGGCAACCCUACGGGGGGCCUAGUGGGACUAAGAAUACCACCAUCCAAAGUGUAACUGGCCUCAUAUGACCACUACUCUCUGGUCAGAAUUAUGUCUGUGUUCAGUCAGGUUCUUCAUUGUAAAAUUUCAUUCUGUUCUGCAUGUCAGUUUAGCAUUAUGUAAACAUUUACGAUUAGGUUACAUUGUUUUAAUAACUAAGUAGUAUAAGUGAAGCAUGAUCCAAAAUACUUGAUUAUAGCAUUUUUCAGAGCAUAAACCCUAGUUAAAACUGCUUCUGGCAUCGGUAUGGAAACUUAUAUGUUUAUAAGUGGCUGUUUAGGACCAGAGUGUAAAAUCUAUAGAAGUCAAACUUGUUUCUGCAAGUGAAAAUGUUAGCAAAUGCCAAAUGUUCUGGCAGGUUUAUGCUCUGAAUACAACACAAAAUUAAGAGGAAGCAUUUUUUUUAAAUUGUCGGUUUAGAUUGUUUUUAGAAUUAUUGCUUUGUGUUCUAAUUUUUUUUCCCACAACCAUUUAUCUCACUUGUACAUAGCACACAUAGCACUCAUGCUAGUGUGCCAUAUUAGACUUUAAUUUUCAGAGCUCAAUAUGAUAUAUAUAUAUGUCCGUGCAAGAAAAAAAAAAGCAUAUUCUUUGUGCCUUGUAUUUGGGGGAAAACUGUAGCUAUAAACUGGUAACGUUUUGUAUGAUAACCCUAAUGAGGAAAAACAAGAUGUAUAGAUGGUAAAAUUAUGGGGUUUAAAUGUUUUUGUUCCAACUCUUAAAAAAUUUUUUUGAAUGUAUAUAGGACUAUGUUGAAAUGUAGAUAUAUGCCACAGAGUCUGUGUAUUGUAUAAAAAAAAAGAUGGCUCUAGAAAACUCAAUUUCGGUACUUGGCCGGAAGAAGACAAAUACUUGCACAUUAAUGCGAUUGUUUUAUUUUUUGUACCAAAGACAAAUGCAACUGAUAUGGCGAACUGCCAGUCUAAGUAAAGUUUUGCACAGCUUACAUGAUACUGUACUGAAUGUAUGAAAAAAAAAAGGAAAAAAAAAGAAAAAAUCAAAAGGUCAGGGUUAGGGAUCUUACUGAACUGUGAAUUUUAUUUCUGUUUGGGUCCAAUUAUCUACAGAAGGAGCAUUCAUACAUACAAAUAUUAUUUUGCUGUUCCUCUAGUUCGCUUCCAUAGUAGAUAAGUUGGUGGCCAUUUAGGAGUUUGUAAAUCUUUUUUUCUGCACUUAUUGUAGGAAAUUUUAAUAUAUUUGCAUUUUAGUAAGCUAUUGGUAAAAUAGUUUUCAAUUUUGAGGAUUUAAAAAGUUUAUUUAGCUUGUUGUAGUAUACUUCCACCAAACAACCAAAAUACAGAUUAUUUUUAUUGUACUGUGUAUAUAUAUAUGUAAAGAAAGAAAAAGCUACAAAUAUCUAAUUCUUUAGUUGCCACUUUUCCAAUUGAUGUAUUAUUGUGCAUGUAAUAUUUCCAAGGAUCAACACAAGCUUAAAACAAAAAAAUUUAUAGAUUUUUAUAUUUUUGUACAGAUAUUUCCAAACUAGCUUCUUCAAACUUACAUGUGACUUAUUCUUGUUAAUUCUAGUUUCUAUGAUUGACAGAUAUUAACACAUUUAGUUUUUAGGUGCUCUUUUGCUCAUAUAAAAGUCAGCUUCACUAGUCAGUGUUUAAACUGUGUUAAAGCUUUACCUAAGAGGUAUGAGAAAUUCCUUAUGUAUGUCAAGGCAGCAUCAUUCUCUGGGUUUGUGGACCUUCCCCCUGGGUUUAUCCCUAUUUUUUUCUUCCUCUUAAUAUUCAUUCUCAAAUUUUGUUUGAGCUAUUAUUGGCGAUGGUGGUGGUGGUGAUGACAAAAAACAGACCCACAUUAUACAACCUACUCAACCAGAAUAAAGUACCAAAAGUUUCAAACUUAGGUUCUGGGACUGUACUUUUGAAAGUCAUAACAGGCCUCGCAUUUUCCCCUUGGAGAUUUUAUUUUUUAGUACAGUGUAUUUGUAUAGUGUGUUUCCUUUUCUUUACUGAAUCAGAUUUUUUUUCAAUUUGCAUUUUUUAAGCUUUAGAGUAUGAAGAUUUGAAUCUGAAACUCCCAGUAACAUGUGAACACAUUGUAUUUUGUUCCUAUACUGCAUGCACAGUACCAUGAACCUUUAUAGAAACUCCAAGGGGGGAAGUCAGCAGCACUUGCACUAAGACUGUGAUACACGUGUUUUCCCUAUACACUUGAUAGAAAUGUCUUUGAUUAGUUAGAGCACACAAAACAAACAAGAAAUAGUUUUGAAAAUUUUGUUAGUUCUUUUUUGGUGGGGGAAGGAAGGCAAAAAGUACAAGUCUGUGCUUGGGAAGAUAAAGAGAAUGUAUCUGAUAAAUUUAAAAGUUGCCAACACCACAGUUUUAUAUAAUCAGAUGAAGAUCACUUUCAUGAUAGAGAUUCAACUGAUUUAUAAAACGAACCAUUUUAGUGGCUCCAUUUUGAUCGUUUUUUUUUUCCUGUCUACAAACCAGAAUAUGAUUUUGGUCUCACAUUUCAAAAGAAAAAAGAAAAAAGAAAAAAAAAUUCUAAAUCCAUGUAACGGAUUACCCUACUCUCUCAUUUCAGUGUUUUAUAUGUACAACUUAAGUUAAAUAGUUAAAAGCUUUUAAAUAGUUGAGCUUUUUAAUGUUGACACUUUAUUUUGUACCUAUUUAUAUAUGUAUGUAUAUCUUAGAAAAGCACUUUGUUAAAAAAAAAAAAGAUUGCGUUUUAUAUGAUUCCUGCCAUUUGCUGCUAAAUCUGGGCUGGUCAGAAUGCUGCAGCGAUACUUGAUCUAAAUAAAACCUGGCAGUAAAAUGUAGAGUAAAGUUAAAUCCUUUGGUUGUUUUAACUUUACCGUAAAGAUGACAUAGGCAAGCUGUGCAGCUUUACAUUUUAACCAGGGGACUCUGUGGCAUUUAAAACCGUCUAGAAAUGGUCGUACUUUAAUGCCAGUAAUAAUCUGCUUCCUCUAUUGUCAUUAAAAUAUGUACAUUUAGUGUAUACUUAUCACACAAACAAAUCUUAUAAGGGUUAACAAAAACCCCCAACAACUGUACAUGUUCUGUUUUUGGAAAUUGUGGCAUGUAUUUUUGGAUGAAGAUCAUUAGAGAAGAGCUCUCUAAAGGUUUUCAGUGUUCAUACAUGGUAUGCAGAUCAUAAUGAAGUCCUGGAUUUUAUUUUAAGUGGAGGCAUUGUGAAUAUUCACUUCAAAUAAUCCCAUCAUUCAAAAGCAAUUUAUACACUUCGAUUCUAGUACUACUAUGAUUUAAAGAAAAAAAAAACCUUCCUUGUUUCAGAUACACUGGAUUCUUUAUAGAGUUUGUUUCCAUAUUAAAGCAUGCUGUCCAACUGCUCUUGUUAAGAUCUUGUCAAAGUUUUGAAUUGGGUGCCACACUUUUUCAAUCGAUAUGAUUGCUUGUUCUACCGUACCAUGUAUGAUUCUUGUCCUUUCCUAUAUCCUUCAUGACAGAUUAUGAUGUGGCUUUAUAUUGUGCCUUACUUGUACCUUUAGAACUAAAUGUCUUCAUCCCCUUCCACUCCUUAAGUCUUUUAACUCUUUGACCUUUUUGGAAAGAGAAUCAGAACUAUAAUAAAAAAGCAUCAUGAAGAAUUUCAGAUGGGUCUGGUUUCAAAUUCCCCUCUCUCUUUGUAGUUAUUUUAUAUUUGUAUGGAAGACCAGUUUUGAAUGGUCUUUUGAGUAUGAGGGGAGAGGGUUAACAAUAAUUCCACUACGUCCUUUUUCUCUGACUUUCAUGAAUUUAUCAUACAACUUCUUUCUGAUGCUUGACUUUUUUUGCUUAUUAGCAAAUAGUCUGCAUUUAAAGAAAGGUAUGUUCAACUCAUCAGCUUGAAAUUUACUUACUUUCAUUUUUCCACAAAUUUUUUUAGGAGAAGAGUACCAGUUUCUGUUUGUUUCUAAAACAGAUGACAAGUCUCUUUUAAAGAAACAGAAGUAUAGUACUUUUGAAAUACAAUGCUGUCAGUUUGAAUUUCUUUUUAUAUAUAUAUAUAUAAUAUUCAUACAAUUAUCUGAUGUUUGCCUUCAUUAAUAAAGCUGUUAGUUUAUUCACCAAAAUGGCAAGACGGAUGUGCUUUUCUUUAUUCCAUAAAUCUUUUUAACAUGGAGAAUUUAGCUGCUUCGAGUUAACUUUCUGAAAUGAAUUCAAGUGGCCUUCAGCAGGAACUAACAAAGUAAUAUUAUGUUCCCAUUCUUGUUAAUAGUCUUCCUCAAGUUCUGUUGAAGCAUUGCCUAAUUAUGUAACACAAAUGUUAGUAUCACUCUAGUCUUGAAACUUGAAUUUUGAGAAUUAAUUGAAUUAUGCCUUCAGUGUUAAAGGAAAUGGUUUCAGUUAUCCUCUUAAUAGAAUUUUUGUCAAAAAAAAAUGCUGUUUCAUAGGGAACUGAGGCCAUUUUCGUAACUUUGCACAGAAAUGCAGUUUGCUACUUUUGUUCUUCCCGAGGAUCAUGACAAAUAGUUUCAAACACAGUGCCACAACAAUUGUGGAUUCUUUGUAAUCUUACUAAGGGCAUUAUGAUUUUGAGAAGACUCCAUCCUUUUUUAAUAUCUUAAAUAUGUAAUGAUAUGUAACUAUGAAUGUCAACUACAGGAAUGUUUUUCAUUUGAAAGGAAAAAAAGUACGGGAUAUAAAGAUGGUGAAAAUGUACUACUGAAUGUCACAGGCUUCCAUAGAGCAAAUGGUGAUUGUGUUGAAACAGUCCCACUGCUCAAACUGACUAGAAUUACAGAAAGACUUAUGAAUUAUAAAUUGAAUUAUCAUGCCAAAUUUCCACUUUUAUUGAGAGAAGGACAGGUACCUCUUUAAAACUAUUUCUAAUUGGUAUUGUAGGGUCAGAGUAUUGGUGACUAAUGGAGAAUGUUCAAGUUGAGUAUCUUGAUGUGCCAAGUUUGGGUAAACUGGGUUUGCCUCUUCCAUAACAGUGUAACAGUGUAAAGCACACAGGAGGAAUGACUUCUGGGUUGGGGGGCAGUGUGACUGAUGAUCUCAUCUGGUCCUUCCUUCUCUAACCACUGUUUUUCAAAGAACCAAAAAGCAUAGAUGUGUAUAUAUGUGUGUGUGUACCUUUUCUGCUUUUGGAAAACAUUCUUAUGGCACUGUAUUCCACUGCCUGCUUUCUGAUUCUUCUUCCUAGGAUGGUGGCUCCCACUACAAGAGAGUUGUCCUGUAGGUUAGGAUUUGUGGUCAACAGUGAACUUGAAUGCUGACAGAACCUAAAGGCAUAGAGGGGAUGGGGGGAAGGUCAAGAAUUCCGAGCAUUUGUUCAUACACUGUGGCCAUCUCUUUUGCAUAGUUGCUUGGAGUCCUGUUUGUAAUGUUGUCAAAUAUUCUGUAGUUCUUUUCCAACUGGAACUAAGAAACUUUUUAUUGGAAUCAGUCUUGUCUUUCUUGUUUAGAAAGAAUUUUACCUUGUUAACGCAUGAGCUGUUUUAAAAGUUACUCUAUUUAAAUGUUGGUUAAUAGUUGUGUGGUUUUUUUUCUUUUAAGAGAAAAAAGACACAACUCAAAUUUUGACUUUGUUUACUGUCACUUUCCAGCCCCUCUGCACUUCUAGUCAGAUACAGACUCGUCAGUGUAUGCAACGUCCUUUGUAAUUUAAAAUAAAAAAG